GCUUCACAUAGCCUCUCUCUCUUGUGUGUGCUUUUUGAAUACUGGAAGAUCCGUAACCAUGAUGUAGAGAAUAAAUACAUGCAUCCUUCAUCCCUCAUAGUGUAUUAAUAAAUAGCAACAUCGCACAAUAUGGGCUCAACCAAAAAGGAAGCAGAAGAGGCAGUAAAAGAACAAGGCUCCGUCGUAGAGAAGCUGGCCGAGGGGGUAGCAGCGGGAAUUAAAGAAGAAGUCGGCCAAGCAAAAGACGGUACUAAAAAAAUGACAUUGCACGUCCCGCCAGCCCCUAUUCCUAUUGGCAAACUGCCACGUUUGUAAUGUCUUUUAUUACUUGCAUCUCACUCACGUACUACAGAAACUAUUAAGUUAUUUCGUUAAUGGAUCAGCAAAGGGGCUGGGCAGAGAUAUAGGCAAUUUGUCUGUCAGGUUGGCAUUGUGAACCAGAGAAGUGGUUGGCAAUGCUAUGGACAACCCUUAGCUUUCAAAUUUAUGGCAGGUCUUGUUCACACAUUUGACUUUAUUGUUUGAUUCAGUGGGAGUCUCAACUAUCCAAAAACUGUGCCGACUAGAUAUUACCAAAUAUACUGGUAUGGAUAUACAAAAGCAUACAAGGAUGACAUUUCCCAGUCUAAGUUUAGUCUUUCAACGUCAACUCAAACUUUGCCGCCUUGUUCUUCAGAAUCAUGCAAGUAUAACUGUACAUUCACUGCGAUUAUCCUGAAAACUCGGUGAUGUUGAUAUGAUUUCAAUGCACAUUCGGAAAUUUUGGAUCAGACAAAUUUGCUGAUAACAGCUGUAAAAUACAUACUAAUGUGGGCAGGUAAACAGAGAUGCGGGUAAUAUUUCCUAACUUACAGCUGGAAGUAAUUUACGGGUUCAAAUUUUCAUGCACGUAUCUACAAAAGUAGAAUGAAUAAAUUAGUAAAAUACCUACACAC